GUCUAAGCCAUUGUUAUAUAUGUGUCUUGGAGCAAAAACCCAAACAAACACAUGGGUGUCGGAAAGUUUCUAAGCCUCGAAACGAUACGAUUCACAAGGUUUGAUUCAACGGUUUCAUUGUUUCACGAAGCCUCGCUCUGCACAUCACUAGAUCAAAUAAAUCACAUUAGAACAUUAACUAUACAUAAAUUCAUCAAUACACACAUGAAUAUAUGAAAGAAACUAUGCUUACUUCAGAUUGAGCAUAAAACUCAAGGUCACUCCAUCAGGACAAAAGAUUGUUUGGAGCUAUAAGCCAUGCUGACUCCUUCCAUUACAGAUGUAACUUUUUCCACUCUCUACAACCAUUUUAAACAUGAGAGUAUCACUCAUUGUUGCCCCCUCAUGACGAGUAGUACAAUUACAAAAACAAAAACAUGUUAACAGGUUUCAUCGUAAUAUUUACUUCUUAUUUUAUUUCUUAUUUAUCUCUCUUAUCUGGUCUAUUUAAUAUUGUUUUGCUAUCUUUUGGCUUUGGUGCAGAAUGAGAACCAAGUCCUGUGGUUGUGUUGUUGCAGUGCCAAUGGCAGAAUGGAUUGUCAGAGCUCCAGGAGAAAAAAUUACAGUGCUGUGCCUGGGCGUCAGUUUGUUGCCAUUCAACCAUACCUACCUCAAGCUGACGGAGAUAUCGCCCUCCACAAGAAUGACAAGGUUAAAGUUCUCAGUGUUGGUGAAGGGGGUUACUCGGAAGGCAGCUGUCGAGGUCAUGUUGGCUGGUUCCCUGCCAGAUGUGUGGAAGAGUUUCCUGUUAAAGCUGAUAAAGGAAGAUUACAGAAUCGGACGGAGUGUAAUGGCAGGAAGAAGCUUUUCAGACACUUUACUGUUGGUUCAAAUGACAGCUUUGAUGCAUUCAGUGACUGUGUGACAGAGCAGAAAACUGUGAUUUUACACAAGAAAGAGAAUGAAGGCUUCGGGUUUGUGCUGCGAGGAGCCAAAGCAGACAAAUCCAUUGAUGAGUUCACACCAACGGCUGCAUUUCCUGCACUGCAGUACCUCGAGUCCGUAGAUGAGGGUGGUGUGGCGUGGCAAUCAGGACUUCGCACAGGUGAUUUCCUAAUUGAGGUAAAUCAUCAAAAUGCGGUGAAGUUGGGGCACCGGCUGGUUGUGAACAUGAUUAGACAGGGAGGAAACCGGCUUGUCAUUAAAGUGAUGAGAGUGAGCAAAAAUAUUGAUUCAGAUGACAAAGUCCGGAAAAAAGCACCUCCCCCUCCUAAGAGAGCCUCAACAACUGCACUCUCAAAGCAUUCCAAGUCCGUGACAUCUGAACCAGAAGAAUUUGAUAAAGUGAAUGAGAUGAUCCAGUCACAGAAGUCUGUACAUGAAAACACCUCGGUGGACAACAUUCCCACAAUCAAGCCCCACCCCUCCAGUCAUUUUUUGGACACACACUUGAUGUAUGAAAGGCAGGGAGCGGCAGGAGUUCCACCAACUGUUCCUGGAAGAUACCAUAGGAGAUACCUCAGGGGGCCAAAAGACACAAUGAGAAGACAAAAAUCUUUUGGAUUCACACACGACGAGAAGAAGUUCCUGAUACAUACCCUGCCCAAGUUCACAAGAAGUCUCUCUAUGCCUGACACUCCUGAAUAUAUUCCCCCACCUCCAGGCAUAUGUCCUCCAUCUCCACCUUACAACCUCAGCGCUCCUGUUGCACGAGGAUAUGAGCCUAACCAGUCCAUUUACACACAGGCCUUAACAGAAAGAGGGCAUACCAUAAACAAAGGCCUGGUAAUAUAUCACCAGCAGAACUCUGAACAGUAUGACUCCCAAAGUCCUUCAGGUACCCUACAAAACAUGUGUGCCCCUACCAGGGCUCAUCUCCCAGAGAACCCCUAUUUGGACGUAGGUAUCAAACCUUUGUAUGUCCCAGCAAAACCAGCCCGGAGGAAGGGAACACUAGUUAAGCAACUUAAUGUUGAAGAUAACCCCGGGAAAACCUGCUCAAUCCUAAUACCAACGAUAAUUGUCAAAGAGCCGUCGACUAGCAGUAGUGGCAAGAGCAGCCAAGGGAGUAGCAUCGAAAUUGACACUAUCACUCCUGACAAACAUCGCCCUGAGGAAAGUCUACUUGUAAGCAACCCUUUUGCAGCUGCUAUUGCAGGGGCAGUGCAUGACCGAGAGAAGCGGCUGGAAGUGCGCAGAAACUCCCCAGCCUUUCUAUCUAUGGAUCUUGAAGAUGAGGACUCUUUUAUUCCUACACCGCAUUUGCGGCACUCUGUGUCCAAAGAUGAAGGGAUGUUUGAUAACAACAUGACAGAUUUUAACAUCUCCGAACCAACUACUGACCCCCUCAAUACACUCACAGAGGACUAUCCUACUAUGUGUAGUCCAGUUAAUGGAGGUAUGCAACAUUUUAUUACAGAAAAGACACUGGAUACACGUUCACCCUUAGCUCUGGGUCUGGCAGCCAGUGAUCAAGAUAUGAAAGAAAAAGCUCCUGCACCUAGAGGGGAUCCUCCAAAAGCAGACCUAGACCAACCACUCUUCAUAGACACUAAGCUACAGUCCAACUUAAUUGCCACUGGUGGGCAACCAAAGGACUGUGGCGGUUUGUUAAAAAACAUUGUGGAGAGCAGUCAUGAAACAGAGAAAGCAAGGGAAAGGAAUCAGCUGGAGGAGGUGAAGAACAUCCAUAACAUGUCGCAACAGAAGUCAGAAGGGCUCCUCAUGGUUCACACAGUGCACAAAGCCAAACCACAUGUAAACAGUCUGUCUCAUCAAUUAAAACAAGAGUCUGUAGUUAUGGACAGUAUACCCAACGAACAGGUUCAUACUGAUGUAAAACAUACUGUCCCUAACUCCCAGCCAUCUCCGAAGACCUGUACAAGCAAAGAUUUCACUUCUGACACUUUCAUUAAGGAGUCUGUGAAGUUUUCCUUCAGGAUUCCUCCGCCUCCUCUGCCCUCAGUGGAUAUAUAUACAGAGUUUAUUUUGGCAGAACCCCUACCACCACCUCUGGAGUUUGCUAACAGCAUUGAUAUUGCAGAGGAUCACGUAGCAGAGACUUUAAAGCAGACAAACAACAGUACCGCAGUUGGGCCGUUACUGACUGAUCAUUCCCAUGCAUCCAUAAAUGCUGAUACUGAGUCCAAAUGUCUUUCAGUGCUCCUAAACUGCAUGAGUCCUUACGACUACCCUCCACCUCCCCCAGAGAUUGUUGAGCUAGUCACAGAUUCGGGCAUUGAUGAAGUUGACAGUCGAAACAGAGGAGAUCCUCACUUUGAGGUCAGAAGCACAAUUUCUACUGUGUCCAGUAUUUCUACUCUUUUAUCAGAAGGAAUGGAGGCUCUGGACAUGUCCACAGUCUAUGCGAAUGGGCAAACUCUUUUGAUGGACCGGCCGGCAGUUCCAGCAAAGCCAAAAAUCAAGCCCAAAAUUAACAAGAGCAAUGCACUUUACAGGGACCAUUUGAUAAAGGAGAGUGUGGAGACCUUUGGACUGCCACCUCCAGCUCCUCCACCACCACUGGGUUGUGGAACACUCUCACAGCCUCGCAAAACAUCUGCUCAGGAAGGCUCAAACCAUGAGAGCCCCUUCCUAUCUCACCCCGAUCCCAAAGCCAGUGUGAUCAGUGAGCUCAGUUCCAAACUACAGCAGAUGAAGAAAGACAAGCGUCCAAAACAGGGAGGGUCUCUUGACCCACCUGUGGGAUCCAGAAUCAUCUGCUCAAGUCCAGUUCGUAUGCCUGCUGUUUACUUUGUCCAAGAGGUUGUUUCUACGCUGUGUCCCAGCGCUGUGUCCCAGAGAGUGAACUUUGUUGAAGACGUUGCGUCUUGUUCCCUGUCCAUACACAUCAACUUCACAUAUGUCCUACUCUCUGAUUACAGGGAGGGUGCAGUCGAGACUAUGACAUCAACAGCAGCCAAGAACCUGUCUCCUCAGGAUUUAUCUCGUCCUGAAUCCUGUAUGCCAGGCACUGCCACUUCCCCAACAUUAACCGUUGUGUUCAGCAUGCCAACGCCCCCCAUUGUGAAUGCAGAGCAAUGCUGCAGCCCGGUUAGCAGUCCAUCUGCAUCUUCCCUUACAUUGUUUCAGACAGCGUCCGACAAGCCCUUUCUCAGCAAACGCGUCCUGUGCUGGAGCAAGCAUGAUGUAGGUGAAUGGCUCGAAAGCCUUAAUCUGGAAGAACACAGGAAAGCCUUCUUAGACCAUGAGAUUGAGGGCACUCACCUUCCUAACCUCCAAAAGGAAGACCUCAUAGAUUUGGGCAUGACUUGUCUAGGUCACAGGGUGAAUAUUGAGAGAGCUCUAAAACUUCUAAUGGACGGAUGA